AUGGAUUUGUUUCAAUCAGAAAGCCAAAAACAGCCACCCAAACGCAGCAAGAAACGGCUCACCCAAGAGCAGGUGAGGCUUUUGGAGAGUAGCUUCAACAAUGAGAAGAAGCUGGAGCCAGAGAUAAAGAUGCAACUUGCACGGGAUCUAGGUCUGCAUCCAAGGCAGGUUGCAAUCUGGUACCAGAACAAGCGAGCUCGGUGGAAGACCCAGACCCUUGAGCUGGACUACAAGGCACUUCAGUUAAAGUUGGAAAACGCCUUAGCUGAUAAGAGGAGGCUCGAGAGGGAGAUGGCAAAGCUCAGAGAAGAGUUAGAAAAGGUUCAGGGGAUGCUUCUGGGAGGAUCAAAUUCCACUCCGCCUGCUCUCACUUCUAUUUCAAAUUCUUGUGAUGAGGAUGGCACAUCUAGCUUGCCCAGUAAUUCUUAUUGGGAGAAAUCGGGGGCAUUGCAGGUGGAGGAGCUCUAUGCUUGCCUGAUGGGAGGUGAUGCUCAGUCUUCAAAGUUGAAAUGGUCAUGA